AUGGAGUACGGGUAUCUGAGCGGUGCCGGUGGUGGGUUCGACAGCGGUUGCCUGGGCUCCGGUGGUGGAGAGCUGUCAUGGGGAGAAUUGGCAUCAUGUGGACAGAUGUCACAAGCUGCCUACCGUUACCAAGGCAUGCGUUACCAACCGCCACCGCCACAGUGUGCUCGCCCUCAGGAUGCUGCUAUGAGAAAUCACCACAUAUUUCCGCCGGCCAUGAAUUUACAACCUGGUCUCCCUUACAAAGUAUACGGGGGACAUGAAGGUUCCUUGACAGAGAAACGGAAGCAGCGAAGAAUCCGGACUACAUUUACGUCAGCACAGCUUAAGGAAUUAGAAAGAGCCUUCCAAGAGACACACUACCCCGACAUUUACACCCGAGAGGAAAUAGCAAUGAAAAUAGACUUAACGGAAGCUAGAGUACAGGUAUGGUUUCAAAAUAGGCGUGCCAAGUUCCGAAAACAAGAACGGUUAGCACAGCAGAAAGCGGGCGAAGCGCCUGUAAAGGCAGAAGGUAAACGUGACAAGCCAGGCUCUCCUGCUACCUCGCCGCAUCCUCCACCUCCAACGCAGCCUUCGCACCACACCCUGCCACAUCUAUCACCACCGGAUUUAAAACCAAUCACUUCAGCAGCUAACAAAUUAUGUGAGGAGUUAAACGGUGUUGGUGGUUCUGAACCCCCAGCUAGCGGAGUGGGGAGUGGCAAGUGGGCCGGCGGAUGCGGACUCCUGCGCCAGCCUUCGGGUUUUCCAUUGCUCGGGGUCGCGCCACCCAACUACUUACUCUCUGACCACCUCGGCACACUGGCCAAAACAAACAACCAUCUUUUCUAAUGGUCACAACUUUUUAACAACCUUCCUGCCCAAACAUACAGUGUGCAGCAGUUCGAAUGAGGCAGACAUCAAUAUAAUGGAGGCUGUUGUGUGGAUUUGUAUAAAGCAGUGUAGCGAAAAUUUUCACUUAGAACUACAAAUGUGUGACAUUUUGGGUGGACUUUAUUGUGUAGUGUUUAAUGACUUCCUAAAAGUGAAAUAAUAUUCCAAGUGCCAAACAGUCGUGUCCAUUAAAUGUAGGUGAAACGCAAUAUUAAACUCUAUGAAGGAUUAGAUGAUUUAUAAAUAUUGAACGUAAGGGAAGUGUUCUUAUAUGCAUGUAUUUAAAAGUAUUUAAAACCACUGGAUUAAACUUCUCUAUAAAGUUUUUGUUCGUGAUAUCUCAUUUGCGAUUUUUCGAUUGAAUCAAAUGUAACAUUUUGUGUCUAGUAAAUAUUAUUUAUGUAAAUACGAAUGAAGAAUUGUAUACGCUAACUUAUUACUCCUUAAUAAGUAAGAACAAACUGUAACUUUGAAUUCUUUAUUGUAUAAGUAAAUCAUUAAGACAUUCCUGAUAAUAGCAGACGACUGCGUUGUGAUAAGAAUUAGAAUAGGUUUAACAAUAAUCUAGUCGAAUUAAAGUCAUAGCCAAUUUGAUUUAAUUGAGAUUAUGUUACUAUAAAUGAUUUAAUUUAUCAGAGAUUUAUUUAUAGUAUAUAAGAGUACUUUAUAAUAUUGUUUGAAUCGAGGUAUAAACUGGACGUGAACAAUGUUGUAAAUAUGUAUGUAAAAUUGUUGUACAUAUGUAUUAUGCAUUGUAGUGUUGUACCCUGAGUGUAUGUAACAGUACUGAUGACUAAGUGG